CUCGUGGAUGUGGCUGAGCCUGCUUGCAUUCCUCGCCACCAACCAAGACUCGAUACUGCACUUUCUCGGCAACGCACGCGACAAUGUCGCACCAUCUGUUCCUGCUUUCUCCAUCAGAUACCCCUCUCUACAGCCUGACACAUUAUUCAUCGAAGCCCGCGCAAUCGUCACUGAGUUCACCUUUGGCAUCCAAUCUACCCAGUUGGUCAACGUCUGCUUUCGCGGGCACCUUGACCGCUCUAUCAGGAGCAACUAGUGCGACACAAGCACAUCAUGCUCAAGGAAGCACUGUCAGAAUUGGUGGUGGACAAGAUAGGCACGUCAUACAAAUGAUCGCCAACGCGAGCCUAGAUGUUAUUGAGGAGGUGGUGCGCAAGGAAAACGUGAUGUACCUGAAGUCCGUGGACAAGUUCAAUGAAUGGACCGUGUCCGCGUUCGUGACACCAGGAAACAUGAAGUUUGUGUUGCUGCACGAAGGACGCAACGACGACGGCAUCAAAGCAUUAUUUAUCGAGGUCUGGGAGCUGUACGUGAAAACCAUGCUCAAUCCCUUCCAUACUGCUCACACACCUAUCCGGAGCCCUGUUUUCGACGCAAAGGUCAGAGCCAGCGCGAAGAAAUAUCUGUGAGCUCGGCGAGGAUGGGCUCUGAGGAAAGGCCGUAUCUGGACCGCCGGAGACUGUAGCUGACGAUAGCGCGAGCGCCUCUGCUCCAAUUGUCCUCGGGACCGUCAACGCCAGACGCCAGGAAUGCUGCGGCCGUCGCGUUGUGUCUUACAGAUCAUGGAGGUGUACGGAGUAGAUACCUGUUUUCUAGUCAGUGUAAUAGAUCCACCACGACCAUGAUGUAUGAGCAAUAGCGUCUCGAAAAUCGAAAAGAGAGUCCGAGG